GGGCCAUUCCCUCCAUUUGUUUCGUCUCCUUCCGGCUUCCUCUCUUUAGGCUCAUCCCACCGUUUAAACUUUUAACUUAGUACCCAAAACCCUAUUCUGCAACAAUGGCCAUGGAGGACGGCUUUGCAGCUGAAAAGCUCUUCAAUCAGGGAUUUUCCUACACCUACGACGAUGUCAUCUUCCUUCCUCACUACAUUGACUUCCCCACUGACUCUGUCCAACUUGCUACCCGACUCACCCGCAAUAUCUCUCUCUCCAUUCCAUGCGUUUCUUCCCCCAUGGACACCGUCACCGAAGCCUACAUGGCUUCUGCCAUGGCUUCUCUUGGCGGCAUCGGUAUCAUCCACUCCAAUUCCCCUGCCUCCCAACAAGCUGCCAUGGUUCAUGCCGCCAAGGCCCGCCGAGUUCCUAUUUUGUCCAAUCUUGUUUUCAAGUCCCCAUCCGAUCGGAUUGACUCCGAUGACGAUUUUGCUUCUUCGCCUUUCAUUUUAGUUACUGAGUCAGGUACCUCUAAGUCCAAGCUUUUGGGCUAUGUCUCGUACGCGGAUUGGACUUCCCAGGGGAACAAGGAAGUAAAAAUAUAUGAUUAUAUGGUUAAUUCGGGGGCUUCAGUUCCGUGGAACUAUGAUUUAGGGCAAUUGGACGCGUUUUUGGAGGAAAACAAGAAGGACUUUGUGCCGCUGUUAAAGGACGGCGAAGUUGUGGAUGUUGCGACAAAGUCGGAAGUAGAGAGAAUCAAAAGUUAUCCAAAACUGGGUGUUGGGUCGGUUGCGGCCGAUGGUUCCUGGCUGGUGGGGGCUUCGAUUGGAACAAGGGAACAUGACAAGGAAAGGCUCAAGCUUUUAGUGCAGGCAGGUAUAAACGUAGUGGUGUUGGAUAGUUCACAGGGUAACUCCAGUUAUCAGAUUGAUAUGAUAAAGUAUGUGAAGCGGACAUAUCCAGAGUUGGACGUGAUUGGGGGAAAUGUGGUGACGAUGGCACAAGCCCAGAAUUUGAUUCAAGCUGGAGUCGAUGGCUUGCGGAUUGGGAUGGGUUCUGGAUCUAUCUGUACUACUCAGGAGGUUUGUGCGGUUGGACGAGGACAGGCGACCGCGGUUUACAAGGUCUCUUUAGUUGCUUCGCACAGUGGCGUGCCAGUUAUCGCUGAUGGUGGAAUUUCAAACUCUGGGCAUAUUGUUAAGGCUUUAGUUCUUGGGGCAUCCACGGUAAUGAUGGGAAGUUUCUUGGCUGGAAGCACCGAGGCCCCUGGGGCCUUCGAAACGAGGAAUGGUCAGCGUGUAAAGAAAUAUCGGGGGAUGGGAUCUUUAGAAGCAAUGAUCAAAGGAAGUGAUGCCAGGUACUUGGGGGAUACUGCAACCCUUAAGAUAGCUCAGGGGGUUGUUGGAGCAGUUGCGGAUAAGGGUUCAGUUUUGAAGUUCAUACCCUAUACCAUGCAAGCAGUCAAGCAAGGGUUCCAAGAUCUUGGUGCUUCUUCCGUCAAAUCUGCCCAUGACCUCUUAAGCUCAAAGGUUUUAAGGCUAGAGGUCCGUUCAGGGGCGGCACAGGUUGAAGGUGGAAUUCAUGGAUUGGUCUCUUAUGAAAAGAGAUCUUUUUAGAAAAUCAAUACAUUCUGGCUAUAAGCCGAUCCCCUCCUUAAAGCUGGACUUGAACUGUCAGAUGGAUUUUUCAGAUAUAUAUUGUGACUCAUGCAAUAAUUUAUUUACAAUAAAGAGGGUUCAAGUCCAAAAUUUUAGUACUUGAAUAUUUGGCCA